AGGAAAAUGGCUGGGUGGAAAAGGUGCACGACAACAGCUAAGUAUUGGCUGCGGGACAUCGUGGGAAAAUGUGACUGCAGCGGUGUGAAAGGAGCAAAGGGUGAACUUGGAUUUCCAGGUCUUCAGGGUAAUAUGGGAUUCCCAGGAGUUCAGGGACCUGAAGGGCCUCCAGGACCAAUGGGCUUCAAGGGAGACUUGGGUGAGGCUGGUGCACCUGGACUGAAAGGAGUGCGAGGUCCUCCGGGCCUGCCAGGAUUCCCAGGGAACCCAGGACUACCAGGUAUUGACGGGAAUGAUGGCCCACCAGGUCAACCAGGUGUCCCAGGAUGCAAUGGAACUAAAGGAGAAAGAGGCAAGGAUGGUAUUCCUGGAUUUCCCGGUCUUCAAGGACCCCCUGGCCUCCCUGGAUUUCCUGGAAUGAAGGGUGAUCCUGGUGGUGUUAUUGGAAUUAUUCCCAUGAAAGGAGACAGGGGACAUCCUGGAAUACCUGGACUACCUGGACCAGUUGGACCCCCCGGUUCUACCGGCCCUCAAGGACCUCGUGGCUAUGACGGACUCAGAGGUGAUCCUGGCACCCCUGGCCUUCAAGGAGAGCCGGGUGACCGGAUAAAAUUUGAAGGCGAAAAAGGACAAAAGGGUGACCAAGGAGUUCAAGGCCCACCCGGGCCUCCAGGAUCGGGGGAGCCAGUGGAACAAAUUCCUGGUGUAAUCAUUGUGCCUGGACCACCGGGAGCCAUAGGACCUCCAGGAGCUAAAGGAGAGAAAGGAUUUUGCUUACCAAGUCAAAGGGGCUUCAAAGGUGAACCUGGCCCACCUGGACCACUAGGCAAAUCUGGAAAAGAUGGACUAGAUGGACAGAAGGGAGAAAAAGGCUUUCCUGGGAUUCCUGGAUAUAUUGGACCCCCGGGUGAAAAAGGAGAACCAGGACUACCAGGUUAUGGUGAGGGUUCCCCAGGUCCUCCUGGCCCUCAUGGGUACCCUGGGCCAAAAGGAGAGAAAGGCUAUCAAGGUCCUUCAGGAGAGCCAGGUCGACCAGGCAAGAUUGUAGAAGGACCACGUGGAGAGAAGGGACUGAAGGGAGACACUGGGGAAAAAGGAGACAGGGGAAUAGAAGGAGAGUCUCUCCCUGGACCUCCAGGACAGCCAGGAGACAAAGGAGAACCAGGACUUCCAGGAUCCCCACCUAGUCCAGACGAAUGUAACAUGGAGAAAGGAGAUCCUGGUCCACCUGGACCUCAAGGAUUACAAGGGGAAGUUGGACACAAAGGUGAUAAAGGAGAUACCUGUUUACAGUGUGAUGGCAUUGGCCUCCCUGGAUUACCUGGUCCUCCAGGACUUAAAGGAGACCGAGGACCUCCAGGGCAAGUAGGCAACAAAGGACAAAAAGGUGAAAUAGGCCUUCGUGGACAUCCUGGAAAACAUGGUGACCCCGGACCUCCUGGAUUGAUAGGAGCACCUGGUGCGGUUGGUGAGCCGGGAGACAUUUAUGUAGGUCCUGGUCUGAAGGGCAACAAAGGUUUACCCGGUCCUGCUGGCUCACCGGGGUUACCAGGCUCCGACGGUCAACCAGGGAGAGAUGGUGCCCCAGGUGUACCUGGCCACAAAGGUGAACCUGCCAAAGAGGGUAUCAAGGGUGAGCGUGGACAGGAUGGAAAUCCUGGUGUCAUUGGCCCUCCAGGAGAGAGGGGCCCUCCUGGGCGGCCAGGCUAUGGCCGCCCAGGAGAGCCUGGAGAGAAGGGCAGUCAGGGGAAGCCAGGUCAUUCUGGAAUUCCUGGAUUGCCAGGUCAAAAAGGGGAGCCAGGUAAAGGUGUAAGCAUGCCUGGACCUCCUGGUAUACCUGGACCACGAGGAGAAAUGGGCAGACCAGGAAUUCAAGGUGACAGAGGUGUGCAAGGAGACGCUGGUGUGCCAGGUUUCCCUGGAGAGAAGGGUGACCCUGGGUUCCCCGGAUUUGGAUUGCCUGGCCCAACUGGUCCUAAAGGUAUAUCAGGUAUUCCUGGAGCUCCAGGAUUACCAGGAGAUAGUGGAAGACCAGGACGGGAUGGGCUGCCAGGAGAUCCUGGUCCAUCUGGACAAAAAGGUGAACCAGGACGGGGUCUGCCAGGCCCAAAAGGUUCACAAGGCCUCCCAGGAAUAACUGGCUUCCCAGGUGAUAAGGGUAGCAUUGGGCUGCCUGGUGUUCCUGGACAAAAAGGAGAUCCAGGGCCACCAGGUUCUCAGGGUGUCAAAGGUGAUGUGGGACCAUCGGGGCCUCCAGGUGUGACUGGUUUACCAGGUCCUCCAGGAAAAGGCUUGCCAGGAGCAUCUGGGACCCAAGGACCACCAGGAGAGCCUGGACCAUAUGGCAGGGAUGGUGUGAAGGGAGAAAAGGGUCAUGCAGGACCUCCUGGUUUAGAUAUGCCUGGACCUCAGGGAGAUAAAGGAGAUACUGGGUUCCCAGGAUUACCAGGUUCCAAAGGACUGCCUGGGCCACCAGGCCUGUCAGGAAGGGAUGGACACAUUGGACAACCAGGUCCUAAAGGUGAGAUGGGAGUCAUGGGGACCCCAGGACCACCAGGAUUUCCUGGAGCACCUGGUACACCAGGAUCUUCUGGUCCAAGAGGUGACCCUGGCAUUGGUGGACAAAAAGGGGAGACUGGUAAACCUGGACCUAAAGGAGAAAGGGGAGAGCGUGGUCCAAAGGGGGCUCCUGGCAACAUGACUGAGUAUGAGAAGGAGCACAUGAAGGGAGAGAAAGGAGACACUGGAGACAGGGGUAAACCUGGUACGACUGGGCAAAAGGGCCACCCUGGACUAUCUGGAGACCCUGGAAUGCCAGGCAAAGAUGGAGAGCCUGGUUCACCUGGACAACCAGGUGCGAAAGGAGACUUAGGUUUUCCUGGAGAGCCUGGUGUUAUGGGACCACCAGGACAAAAAGGCAAUAUCGGAGAGAUGGGAAUUCCAGGCUCAAGUGGUCCAAAGGGUACUAAAGGAGACAUCGGUACACCUGGACAUCCUGGAUUCAAAGGUGCAGGUGGUGAGAAAGGGGACAGGGGAGCAGCUGGUGAGCCAGGUAUCGGCACCCCAGGACCUCCAGGAGAGAAGGGUCUGACAGGCCAGUCGGGAUUCCCGGGAACACCAGGAGAGAAAGGUCAGAAAGGUGGCAUGGGUGUGCCUGGUAUGCCAGGACUACAAGGACCCAAAGGAGAGAAAGGAAACGUCGGCUAUCCAGGUCAGCCAGGCAGACAAGGUGAGAAGGGAACCCCCGGGCUGCCCGGGUCUGCAGGAGAACCCGGCAAAGAUGGUUGGCCUGGUGAACCUGGCCGACAGGGACCCCCUGGUUUACCUGGAGAGAAAGGAGAGACUGGAGUAGAUGGAAUCCCGGGAUCAUCAGGGGAGAGAGGAGACCCAGGUUUACCCGGCCGAGGGUUCCCAGGACAACCUGGAGUGGUUGGCGGCAAAGGUGACAAAGGUAGUCCUGGCUUUCCUGGCACCCCUGGACACCCAGGUGUACCCGGCCUCAAAGGCGACAAAGGAUUUCCAGGCCCUCAGGGUGUUCAGGGUGAGAUCGGAGAGAGGGGCCUCCCUGGCUUAUCAUUAAGCGGACCAAAAGGAGAGCAAGGAGAAACAGGACAAGCUGGAGAACCAGGGUCACCAGGUCCACCAGGAGCUGCUGGUGUGCCAGGCAGUGAUGGUCCAAAGGGAGAAAAGGGGCUACAAGGUUUCCCUGGUGCCCAGGGCGAGCGAGGACAUAAAGGUGACCUUGGAGGUCCGGGACUUCCUGGACAACCAGGUCUUCCAGGUAUUGAUGGACAGAAAGGAGAGAGGGGAUUACAGGGUGUUCCGGGUUUCCCAGGUACAAAAGGCGAUUCGGGGGACAUUGGUUUCAAAGGAGAACUUGGUGACAGAGGACUCCCUGGAGAGAAGGGUAAUGAAGGCCCCCCUGGACCCCCUGGUCCCCACACCUUCAUCAAAGGAGAACCUGGAUUCCCGGGAAGUCCUGGUUUUCCAGGACCGCAGGGGCCACCUGGGCUUCCAGGACAGAAAGGACAGCAAGGUGUGACAGGCCUCCUGGGCCCAAAAGGUGACGACGGCUUUCCUGGACAUAACGGUCAUCCUGGAGCCAAAGGAGAGCCCGGUCUGCCGGGUCCGCAGGGACCCAGAGGAUACCCUGGCCCGCCUGGACCGGAUGGUGUUCCUGGUCAAGUGGGUCCUCCCGGCCCCUCUUCCAUGGAUCACGGUUUCCUGGUGACUCGGCACAGCCAGUCAGUCGAAAUUCCCCAGUGUCCAGGCGGAACCUCUCUCAUCUACGAUGGCUACUCGUUGCUUUACGUACAAGGAAACCAGCGCGCUCAUGGACAAGACCUGGGUACGGCGGGGAGCUGUCUACGAAAGUUCAGCCCCAUGCCCUUCCUUUUCUGCAACAUUGACAAUGUGUGCAACUUUGCGUCUCGAAACGAUUACUCCUACUGGCUCACCUCACCUGAGCCAAUGCCCAUGAGCAUGGCACCGGUCACUGGCGAAAGCAUCAAACCCUUCAUAAGCAGGUGCGCUGUAUGUGAGGCCCCAGCUAUGGUGAUCGCCGUGCACAGUCAGAGCAUCAUGAUCCCACCGUGCCCACGCGGCUGGGACUCUCUGUGGAUCGGCUACUCCUUCGUCAUGCACACUAGUUCUGGCGCUGAGGGUUCGGGUCAGGCUCUGGCCUCUCCCGGUUCCUGCCUGGAGGAAUUCCGCAGCGCCCCGUUCAUCGAGUGUCACGGGCGAGGAACGUGCAACUACUACGCCAACUCCUACAGCUUCUGGCUGGCCACCAUCGAAGACAAUGAGAUGUUUCAGAAACCAACACCAACGACGCUAAAGGCAGGAAGUCUCCGGACACACAUAAGUCGCUGUCAAGUGUGCAUGAAGCGGACAUAGACCUGUAAAGCCUCCGUCCUGACCUAUGAUGUCCUCCCCUUGGCUUUACUUGUUGCUUCCACAGGAUGGUGCUAUUUCCCCGCAUGUGUGAGAAACGAUGGAGAGGAGUGGCUUUCAGACCUGCCGCAGACCAAAACACAAAGACCAAGCGGCUUUUUGCUCUACGAUGACCACAACCUGUCUCUAUCAAAUGGCGCCCAGUUUACCGCUGCACUGACUACACGCCCCCCUCCGAGUAAACUGGUGUCCAUUUUGAAAGAGUGGUUGGCGUAUGUCAGGUGCUAUUGAAUCUUAUCAGCCUUAUUCCAUUUUGUUUUUAUUCCUUCUACGUAGUGCCACAUCACUAAAGAAAUAGUUACACGCUAUUAACGAUUGUCACGUUAACGUUUUAAAAUAUGUACUAAUGUAAAAGGAUGGGACUCACCACUGGUUGUCACUUCUUAGCUCACCAUAUGUCUCCAGCACAUAUAUCUUAUAUAUAACAAAUGUUGUAAAUAUAUAGUUUUCUCUCUAACAUCAUUCAGAAAACUUUCCUCAGGUUAUUAUUGAGUUACUUUGUGUGUUAUUAAGUCCAGUUUUAUUUAUGAGAUUCAUGAGAUUAUGUUGGAUGUGAGCGUGUUUGAUCUUCCGGAAACAAUGUAAUCACGGCCGACGCCUUAUUAACCCAGAAAUCGGCGCUGAGAUAUCAUUGGCAGAGUGAACAUGUACGAAUGUGUGCGAGUUGUUUGUGUGUUGUGACGUCUGCAUAUACAUAGUUUUUGUUCUCUAAUCUACCAAAGAAAUCUGUUAAGAAAAAAAAAUUCCUUUUCAUUAACUUUGUCAGAACAGUUUGUUUCCUGAUUUACUCACAUGAUGUGAACUGAAGCUUCCCAAAGAAAUGCACGUGUAUAUACAUAACUUUUACUUGA